AAGUGAGUUCCUUUUUGAUUGUAAAUAUUGAUGGUCCGAUUAUCGUGUUUUUUUUGUUACAAUAAAUUAUUAACUUGUUUUACAAUUUUGAAAUCUCAUAAACAGCUAGAAGAAAAUUAGAAAACAAUUUCUUUGACUUGGAUUUACAUAAGCUGAAUUUUAGAUUGAACUUAAUUUCCGAUAAAAAUGGAUUCAACCCAUCUUAACCCGUUCGCAGUGAUUCAGAACACAAGAUCAUUCCCCUCGGUUUCAAAGCCGAAAAUUGUUGGCUUUUUUAGUGUAGGAUCCGAACGGCAAUACCUUGACACAGCAGAUAAUCUGAAGUAUUUGAACCUGCCCAAACCGGACGCAAACGGGCUGCUGAGGAUUGACCUAAACAACGGGUUUGGAACACGACUACCAAAACCUGCCAGCGCCAAGCAGGAGCGGAUUGAUCACCUGUUGCAGUUUAUCAUUCUGAACAGAGGUAAGGGCGAUUCAGUGCCUUACGAUUUUGUCUGUUUCCGGGGUUUGCUGCGUAUGCUAAUGUGUACACCAUACGAGCGAGACUCAGGAUGGAUUGUGCUGGCUAGCCGGUAUAAAGGUACGAUCUACCUUUGCGCCAAGGAUACACCAGAAAAGUUACGACAGGAAGCUAAUGAGACUGAACAGCAGAAACGAUUUUGCUAUUAUGGGUUCAAAUUUGAACAGCAUAUUUUAACCGAUGAACCUGGAAGCGAACCAAAUACUUCGGCACCUGUUUCAGAAUCAGAAGAGUUCUGUAGCCUGUUCAGCAGCACGUUGGAGGGUAAACGUAUUCUCUACGGUGCUGAAAUGGACGGAAUCCUUCCCGAAAAACCAGUCGAUCGAACUCGUAUCGACGCGGCACUUUUGAAUGGGCUCCAAUUCAUCGAAGUUAAGGUUAAAAGGCGCGAAACUAAUCAGAGACAGGUAGACAACUUUUACCGGUACAAAACGAUUAAAUGGUGGUGUCAAAGCUUUCUGGUUAAUGUGCAGCGGAUAUUUGUCGGACUGCGCAACGAUCGGGGCAUUGUCGAUGAGAUCAGGGAAAUGAGCCUUGAACAAAUCGAUCGGGAUUCGAGGAGGUUUUGGUCCGCUUCCGUGUGUAUGGCUUUCUGCGCAGAGUUCCUGGAGCUGGUUCGAACGAAGAUGAGUCAAGUUGAUUCUCCCCAUACGGUGUACUGUUUCGAAUACCGCCCCGAAAAGGCGGAGAAUGUAUUGCUAAGCGUUUUAGAAGGUUGCAACGAGGAGUCCUUUCUGCCGGAUUGGUAUUUUAAAGCUGCUGAAAAUGAAUAAAAAUUAAAAGCUCA